AUGACACGCACCCACAAAUCGGUCAUUCUCGCCAAACGGCCCAAAGACAACAUCAUCCCAGGCGAGACGUUCAAACUUGUCUCCGACAACCCAACCCCAUCGGCCAGUGAUUUAAAGGAUGGAGAAGUCCUCUUCGAGACCAACUACUUGAGCAUCGACCCUGCCAUGCGUGGCUGGCUCAAUGAUACGAGAUCGUAUAUUCCGCCCGUAAAGAUCGGAGAGAUCAUGCGUAGCGGAGCCAUCGGGACGGUCAAGGCCAGCAAGUCGUCCAAAUUCCCGGUUGGCAGCUAUGCGACAGCUACGGCGGGAUGGACCGAAUAUAAGAUUCUCAAGGACACCGAGCUGCAGAGAGUGGUGGUACCGAAAGGCGGGAGGUUAACCGAUGGGUUGAGUGUUUUGGGAAUGACUGGUCUUACUGCAUAUUUUGGCAUCAUCGACGUCGGCAAAGUCAAGGCUGGCGACUUUGUUGUCGUGUCCGGAGCUGCGGGCGCUACCGGUAGCGUUGUCGGCCAGAUCGCGAAGCUCAAGGGUGCCACUGUGCUGGGGAUUGCUGGUAGUAGCGACAAAGUCCGGUGGUUGAAGGAAGAGCUGGGAUUCGAUGAUGCCCUAAAUUACAAAGACAAGGACUUUGCCAAGAAGUUCAGAGCCGCGACCAAGCAUCUGAUUGACGUGUACUUUGACAACGUCGGCGGAGAAAUCCUGGAUAUGGCGUUAAGCCGAGCGAAACCACAUGCCCGCUUCGUUAUGUGUGGAGGUAUCAGCCAGUAUAACACCUCAAACCCGCAAGGACCAAAGAACUACCUGAUGAUUGUAUCCAUGCGGAUACGCAUGGAAGGCUUCAUCGUCUUCGACUACGCGAAGGAAUACCCCCGCGCUCUCAAGGAUCUGGCGCAAUGGCUUUCCGAGGGCAAGAUUAAGAGGAAAGAAACCAUUAUCAAGGGCGGCUUGGAUCAAGCGGAGAAUGCGCUCCGGGAUUUGUACAAUGGCGUCAACACUGGCAAGUUGUUGGUUGAAGUGAAGCCUGCGGAAGAGCAACUCAAGGCGUCCUUGUAA